CGUGCAGCCCCCACAGUUGCGGGACGGGCUGCUGUCAGCUUAAUUGCCCGCUUGCGGGCGCUUGGUGCUUUGCCGGCUUGCCUUCGAUGCGGAUCGUGUCUGGAUGGGGAUGCGGCUGUGCAGGUGUUGUUACUGUGCUGGUGUGGGAAUGUUGCUCGUUCGCGCGAGUGCGCAGGCAGAAUGGUACCUUGAUACUCGGUCCACUAAGCGCACGUAGGGUCUACACGCGAAUUGGGGGGUUGUGCGUGUUUGAUGGUCCGACGUGGUCGUGGAUGCAAUCGACUUGCCGGUUACCUUUGAGUCGCUGGUGCACAGCACCAACAUUGACAUGGACAGCUCCAUCUAAAAUCUUGAGACACAGACUCGAGGCUGUCAGAACUGUAUGGCGCGAUGAAACGCCGUGCGACGCGGGCCCUGACAUCCCAGCCCUGCACAACGGGCGCGACAGGUUGCACGACGGCCGCAGAGCCUCAGCUCGACAUUCGCCGCACGCCUGAUUCGUCGCGCUUGCACCGUGCAGCCUGGAAGGUGCGACAGUCGUGCACGCUCAUCCACGCCGUUGGAGCGAAUCCAGGAACCGCGCGCGGGUGUGAUGGGAUUGGGUGUGAUGGGAUU